AUGCAAGAUUUACCACCUAUCGGAGGGUACGAACCAGUACAGUGGAAGAGAAAUCUCCCAUCCAGAGGUUUCAGACCCGUUAUUUAUUUCUGGCUCUUCACCGGAAUCAUGGGCUUUGGAUUCUAUAGAUACUACAAAGGAGUCGAUGAACAGCGUGAAUUGGCCAGAGAAAGACAAUGGGCCAGAUUCUAUUUACAACCUUUGUUGUUGGCUGAAGAUGACAGAAACAUCGCCAGAAGAUAUUUCAGUGAGUUGAAGAGACAAGAAUUGGUGAAAGAAACGAUGUCUGAAGAAGCUAAGGCCAAGUUCGAAAAGGAACUUUACAAUGACAAGUCCAAAUUACGGUUCCCCAGAUACACUGCUGGAGCAAACCCUUCUGAACACUAG